AUGACGACUGAAGAGGAUGACAGCAAAAACGUCGCGAAGACUGACGAAGGAACGAGGGUGAACAUAUGUUGCAAAAUAAACGAAUCAUCAAAAAAAUGCUUGGACACUGUGGAUGAAAAUAAUGGAAAUAUUCAAAAACGCUUCGAGUCGUUAAAUAAAACCAUAGAGGAUAUGAAUAUGCAUUUCAAUAAUAUCCUUAAGGAUAAUGAAGAAAAAUAUGUACUUACUUUUAACGCAUAUAUGUAUGAUGUACAGAAGGAAAUACGAAUUUUGAAAAAAAUUGUAAAAGAAGAAAAAAUAAAAGAAUUAAAAGAUGAAAAAGUAAAAAAAUUACAAAAAGAACUUAAGUGGUACAUAAACGAAUGUUUAAGGUUAGACAAUGUUUCACAAUUUUUAAAAAAGGAAGCAGAAAAAUGGAAAAGAAAUAGUGAACUUAUGAAAAACCACAUGUUAUUCUUGGAAAAAAAAUUAUCAAAAAUGUAUGAAACGGUUAUUCGAACACAAAGUAUAAAGAACUGUAAAGAGGAUGAGGAGAAAAAGGUAGAAAAAACGGAACAACAGAUACGAGGGAAAGUUGAAAAGGAAGAAGACGAAAGCAACAAAGGAGACGAAAAUGACAUAUAUAGCGAAGAAAAGAAAAAGUUGGGAAUCGAAAAGAAGUUGAAUAAAAAAGGUACUUCCCUUACAAAAGAACAGGAAAGAGUAAGAGUAAGGGACGAACAUUUUGAGUGUAAACUGAAGAAGAAAGGAAAAACAGACAAUUUUACCUACAAAGAAUUAAACUACAAGAUAACAAAUUUAGAAAAUAAAUUAAAGAGACAAAUGAAUAUAAAUUGUAGUUUACAAGAAAAACUUACAAAACAUUAUAUUGAAAAAUCGAAAUAUGAAAAAUUAUUUAUUGACUGUGUUCAACAACUUAAAAAGGACAUAGGAAAACAAACCAUGAGUAAUGACAAAGAAAAAUAUAUAGAGGAUAAUUUCUCCGCCUUAAUAAAUGAAUCUGAAUUAAGUACCUUUACUAAGGAAGAAAAAAAAAAAUUACUAAUAACCUUUUUUUCUUCAAAUGAUUUAAUUCAUUUUAUGAAGAAAAAUGUUUUUUGUAAAGAAAAAACAUCAUUUGAUUUUCACCCAAAAUAUAGCUACCCCAACACGACAAUAAAAUACCAGAAGAGGUCUGACAUUUCUCCUUUUAUUUUGUAA